GCGAGAGUUUCGAGCCCAUGAUAUUUGACUAGUCGAAAAACCGGAUCAAAGUGUUUUUUGAGGUUUUACUUGCGCUGUUACUGAGGCGUGUAAAUGAGUUAAGGACGGGUUUAUAGUAACACAGUGGCCACUCUUCAAUGUCACUCUUGUUUUUCCGUCUUUCUCCAAGGGACAUGUUGUUAUUGUUGGUUACAGUCUUCAGUGUCUUCGGUGGUUCCCUUGCUAGAUUGCAAAAGAAUGAACGACCUUGUUAUGGCGGUGAGGUUGAGUUCCCGGAAACCACUCGUUCACUGCUUUGGAGAGGGCCAUUGUAUUUUACUCCAAGUAAUGGAGGCGAAAGGAAAAUACUAUUCGAGGAUGGGGAGGCAAAGGACCCACGACUCAAAGUUUCCUAUGUUUCAGUCCGUCUCACAGAUUUAACUAAAAAGGAUGAAGGAGUUUAUGAGGUAUCAUUUGGUGGUAAACGUUCACUUGAAGUGCUCCGAUUAAAAAUACUUGAUUGUGCUGAAAAGAUCUUUAAGGAUUACAUGCACAAUUUAGAGUACGUCAUUUCUGACAAGGUCCAGUACCUGGAGUACAAUCCACCUGACAACAAAGACAUACCAUUAAUCCUGUGGAAUAGAACAAACAGUCUCAAUAAUGAUAGAAGAAGAGGAAACGUUCAGCGCAAUGUUUGGAGAAUCCCUGGGGUUACUCAGGCAGACAACGGCUUCUACAACUUCAGGCGAGGAGACAAGAGUCUGGACUCAAGGAUACUACUCACAGUAAAAGAGAACACCCGUUUCUAUGAUCCAAAAGUGAAUGAGCAUCUCUUGAUUACAAAUCCUUUCACUGGUGGACCGUGGACUGUGACGUUUAAACAAGAAACAGAAGAUGAAUGGGUGACGAUGAUGAAAGAUGGCCGGUUGGUCCAUGGUGACGACAUAUUCUCUGAGAGAAUUACUAUUCAAAGUUAUGGCAUUCAAAUAUACCCUGUUGAAUCUACGGAUUCUGGUACCUUUGAGUUCAGAGACCAACAAGGCAACCUGGCCUUGUCUGUCCAGGUGGAGGUCUUCCAUGAAUCUCAUCAUGCAAGCAAUGUCAACACAUAUAUUGUUGUUUUUGUCGUGGCUCUCCUUUUGGGGAUAUGCUGCUGCUGUUGUUGCUUUUGUAAAAAGAGAUGCUGUAAAAAAGACAAAUCAGCUGAUGCAGCUACAGAAGGAACUGCUGUUACAUAUCAUGACAAGUCGGCUCCAACCGCUACAGGACCCGUGGUGUACUAUCAUGGUACAAAUCAGCCAACAGGACCAAGCUACUCAAAUCAACCAUAUCCCUCAGUUUACCCCCCUCAUCCAGUAAACCCUCCAGCCUAUACUGAACCUGCAGCUGUCUCCAUUGAACCACCGCCGUCACAGCCUAAUACCGCUAUGUACCCUACACAUCCUACAUUGAUGUAUCCUCCCCUUUCCGAGGUUGGACCUCCAACAUCUCAGGGAUCUGCAGCAGCUCCCACCUUCAGCUCAGAUGUUUUCUCCUCAGAUGCUGAGCCGAGAUUUGAGCUGAAAGGAAUGACUUUUCCUUCAGCUCCUCCUCUCGGCUCAGAUGUAACAAUCAGUGAUGUUUACAACUCAGAUAAACUAAACUUUCUAUGAAGCAUGUGCUGAGCACUGGUGAUGGUGCUGUUUCAGUCUUUACUGGACUUUGUAAGCUACGUUCUACACCGUAACAAUAUUUCUCCACAGACCUCAAAAGCCCAGGGACCAUGCUACACUUAGUCAGGCUUAUUCUUAUUCUUGAAACAUAAGGAUGCAUUGACAUCAGAUUCUGUACACAUCAAGUUGUUUUUUUGCUGGUGAUAUGAAAAAAGUGUCCUGGAUUUCAAAAAAUUUUCACCAACUACUUUAUAUAAUCUGUAAAUUGUUGCAUUUUGAAUUAGAACUCCAGUUCAUCGUCAACACAGUCACUCUGCAAUGAGGCCUAACUGGAGAUACUGCACCAAAAUACAUUUUCUGUUAUGCGUAAUACAAGAUAACCCAAUAUUCAUGCAGGCAACUGACUUACAUUUUAAAAAGUUUAUUGACAAGAUGAGUAGUGGUCGACAAUGCAGGCAGGCAUGACCAGACUGACCGGGGGUUGCAGUCGGUGACAGGACAAACCAGAUGAAAGCAGGAGGUGACCAGAACAGCACGCAGACCCUGGAAACACACAUCAGUGAGGGCUGAACAUGACCAGGGAACUAGAGUCCAGUUGGCAGAACACACAGGAACUGCAGCAGUACACCUGAGGCAUGACGAGUGGACAGAGCUGAUAGGAUGGUGGCUGAAAGGUGACAGGGCUGGUACUAGAAAAAGUCCGGAAAAAAACCCAACAAAAACCCAAAUCAUGGCAAUUUUCAAACUGGAGUACAGAGUCUGAAAAAAUGUCAAACAUGUAUCUUUUUCAUCAGAUUAGACAUUUUUUUUUGCUAUGGUGUGCUUGUGUAUUCCUAGGGAUUGGAUGGGGGCUUGCAGGGAAAAAAAGGUUGAUAAUCACUACAUUAAUUGGUGCAUAAUAAAUGAAUUAGCUUUUGUAUAUAGCUGCACUGUCCCAAAGUAAUGGGACUACUUUAAAAAUGUAAAUUCCUUUACCUCAGGUACGAAAAGUUAAAGGAAAACUGCCAUAUUCCCACUUUAUAAACGCAUCUCCAUGUAUAUUUUAAAUGUAAAACUGGCUACAUUAGCAGUGCCUUCAAAGAAAGAGAUAUGUUUUACUUUUUACCAUUGUUACUGUUUUAUCGUUUGUUUUUAACCUUCAAACACCACUUUCUUUACUGUUCUUGUAAAACAUUACCAUAUCAUAAUGUGUUUUCCUGUCUGUGCAUAACUGUUCUUGGAAAUGCGGUGCUAUAUUAAAGGACAUAACUGAA